GGCCCAGCAUGAGCACACCAGCAGCUCCUAGUCGGCCCUUGUCUACUGUAGAAGGCUUCCUAUGCGGUGGAUUGGCGGCGUGCAUGGCUGUGACGGUGUCCAACCCCGCGGAGGUGGCCAAAACGCGCAUGCAGCUUCAAGGAGAGCUUGCAAAACAAGGCGGGACGAAGGUGUACAAGAACGCGCUAGAUGUGAUCGCCAAGACGUGGAGAAACGAGGGCAUUAGAGGCAUCCAGAGAGGCUUGGGUCCUGCAUAUAUCUAUCAAAUUCUCAUGAAUGGGUCUCGGCUGGGUUUCUACGAGCCCAUACGGAGACAAUGUAACAAGUUCAUUGGCGCAAACCCUACGGACCAGAUACCUCUUACUUCCGUCUUCUCUGGUGCUGCAAGCGGAAUGAUUGGAGCAAGCCUAGGGAACCCGUUCUUCCUCAUUAAAGCGCGCAUGCAGGCGUAUUCACCUGUACUACCGGUCGGCGCCCAACACUAUUACAAGAACUCGUUCGACGCGUUCAGAAAUGUGUGGCAUGCUGAGAGGUUUCGUGGCCUAGUAAGAGGCAUAGACGCGGCAGCUCUGCGGACAGCAAUGGGCUCUUCCGUACAACUACCCACGUACAACUGGACGAAGAACCAGCUCGUCAGCCGCGGUAUUCUGCGCUCAGACAGUAUAUGGACAUUCCUGGUCAGCAGUUCCGUGUCUGGUCUUUGUGUGCUCGCAAUGAUGCAACCGACGGAUACCGUACUGACGCGCAUGUACAACCAACCUACCGUACGCACACCUGAGGGGAGACACAUUGGGACGCUUUACAAGAACCCCAUUGAUUGUCUUUGGAAGACGCUGAAGGCCGAGGGCCCCCUGGGCUGGUACAAGGGCUCGACGGCACACUUCCUUCGUAUAGUUCCACAUACCAUCGUCACGCUUACUGCGAACGACCUCAUAGUUGGGCUUUACAAGCGUGUCCGGGAUGGGCAUGCAUAAUACUACUACUUUAUAGCAUACACAUGCAUAUAUCUUGAC